GUGACUCGCCUAACGCAUGGACCGCUACUCAGAUUGCACCUGCCCAAGUUCCGUUCCCACCUGCGAUUCCUCCUAACAUCAAAACAUAAGAACCACGCCACCUGCAAACCCUGAGCGACCAUGUCAGACGUCAACAUUCAGGCGCUUCUUCAGAAGCCGCGCAAUGAGUGCACCGAAUAUGAGAUUGCUCAACUGGAACAAUGGGAGAUGAGCAAUGGCCCGCUGUCACUCCUGCAGACGGCCGUGCGGAGCCAUUCGCAGGUGCUCAUCAGCAUUCGAUCAAACCGCAAGCUGCUUGCGAGAGUCAAAGCUUUUGACCGCCAUUGCAAUAUGAUCCUAGAGAACGUCAAAGAGAUGUGGACUGAGACUCCCGUACACAACGGGAAGAAGGGCCGGCCGGUCAAUAAGGACAGGUUCAUCAGCAAGAUGUUCCUGCGUGGUGAUAGUGUCAUCAUUGUCCUCCUGAGCUAAGGAUGUUCAAAGACGAUUAGCCUAUGGAGAAUCGGCGGUCCAAGCAGGAGCAUCUAGAAUUCACUUCGCUCAUGCAAGCACGGGCAGCGCCGCCAGCGGUUAUAGGGUGCUGCCGAUCCUGGCAUUUCUCUGACGGUCUGGUAAUAGAGAGAUACCAAAAACAGAGAGGUUAGGCGUCCUUCGUCAGGCGUUCUUUCAUAUGCGGGCUUUGGUUGUCAAACUGAAUCAUAUGUACUAGUUUGGUCAAAUAUCACUUUGCAUUUUGUUGACAUAACGUCCUACUCCUUAUUCAAACCUGAGUGUGCUACUUUGAUCAGG